AUGGCCCACCGCCAGAACGCCCCUUUCAUCCCUCAGAAUCCUCAGGAAAUCCAAGAGCUGGUCCAAGCCCUCGAGUCACAUAAGUCAAAAGGCAAAGGCAGAGGCGGCUUCUCUGUCAAGAAAGCUACGUUCACGCUGCCGUCUGGCCGCACUGUCGACUCCUGGCGCAUGCUUGAUUGGGACUACAAGAAACCGAAUCUUCCCACGUACGCUCGAGGUCUCUUCACGUAUGUCAACCAGGACGGCAAAUACGAAAUCGCCGUUCGAGGCUACGACAAGUUCUUCAACCAUGGCGAGGUGAGGAAGACCGAAUGGCCGAAUGUCGAGAAGAACACGAGGGGUCCUUACGAGCUGAGCGUGAAAGAGAAUGGCUGCAUCAUAUUCAUCGCCGGCUUGGAUGACGGUACAUUGCUCGUAUGCAGCAAGCAUUCCACCGGACCACGAGAGGAUGCAGAUCAGAGCCAUGCCAUAGCAGGAGAACGGUGGAUCGACAAGCAGCUGAAGGCAAUCGGAAGAACCCGAGAAGACCUGGCUAGGAAGCUGCGGAAGAUGAAUGCGACAGCCGUUGCAGAACUAUGCGAUGACGCGUUCGAGGAGCAUGUGCUAGCCUACAACCCUGAGUCUGCUGGGCUUUACCUACACGGCAUCAACCUGAAUCUACCGGAGUUUGUCACUUAUCCGCACCACAUCCUCGACCGGUUCGCGACAGAGUGGGGUUUCAAAAAGACAAUGUACGUCAUGGAAGAUGACAUCCGCCAGGUCAAGAGCUUCCUGGACAAGGUCGCCGAGACUGGCGCGUAUGCUGGUCGUGAAACAGAGGGCUUCGUCAUCCGAUGCCAGUCUCGCAACACUCCCGACAGCCCAUGGGAAGACUGGUUCUUCAAAUACAAGUUCGAGGAACCGUAUUUGAUGUACCGUCAAUGGCGUGAGUGUACGAAAGCUAUCAUCGCGGGCAGGCCGCCCAAGUAUAAGAAGCACAAGAAGAUUACCGAGGAGUAUCUGCAGUACGCACGCAAACGCCUCGCGCGCGACCCCCAGCUUGGGAAGGCGUACAACCAAAACCACGGUAUUAUCAAGCUCAGAGAUGACUUCCUACAAGAACGUGGUCUCAAAGGCUCCGACAUCAUUCGGCAGGAGAUUGAAAGUGGCGAAGGCGGAUCUACUGAUGUCAAGAAGAAUGUAGUCCUGGUGCCUGUCGCAACAAUAGGCUGCGGCAAGACCACCCUUGCCAUAGCAUUGGCCAAGUUGUUUGACUGGGGUCACUUUCAGAAUGAUAAUGUUCAGGGCAAAGGGAGGCGCCCGCAGAGGUUUGUAGACGCUGUCUGCAAAGAACUGGGCAGCCAUCCAGUGGUCAUAGCUGAUAGAAACAACCACCAACGGCGUGAGAGGGAGCAGCUAAUCAAGGAUGUAUCCCAGCUCAUUCCCGAGGCACGCUUUGUGGCACUGCAUUACGUCCAUGACCGCAGCAAUUACGAUCAGAUCAGGAAAGCCUUGCGAGAACGCGUCCUCAACCGCGGUGACAACCAUCAAACCAUCCAGGCGGUCACCAAGGGCGCAGACGAGGUCAUUUCCAUCAUGGAGGGAUUCUUAGAACGUUUCGAGCCUGUAUAUCCAGACAGUCCGCCAGACGAUGCUUUCGACCUCGUCAUCAACCUAGACCCCACCGCAUCUUCACGGGAGAACCUUGAGAACGUUGUUUCGCAGCUGAACUCCGAAUAUCCCAAGCUCUUUAACAAACUUCCUACUGGUGACGAGCUUGACGCUGCAAUCGAAGCAGCACUAAGCGACUACAAGCCAGACAUCAAGCACGAUUUGAGUUUCAAGAAGAACGAUCAUAAAGGCGGCGUUCAAAAGCGCCCUUCAUCUCAGCCUCAUGCCAACGGAAGAGAUGCAGCUCCGAGGCAACCCAAACUUGAGUACUUCGCCAUCCGCCUUCCCUCUCAACGCAUCAGCGCCAUCCUUGACGCCAUCUUCAGAGACCAGGAUCCCGAAACCGCCAAGUUCUACCGUCAUCUUCAGCACUCUCGCCGCAUCCAGCCUGAGUUCCAUGUCACACUUAUUCACCGCGCUUCCUCCAACGAUCAUGCUGACCUUUGGUCACGGCUCACCGAUCUUCACACUCGUACGAUCGAGUCGGCCAAGAGUAAGGAGAACGGCUCAACCAACGCCUCGUCCCAGCCUUCGGAGCCGGAGCUUGGCAAGUGCAAAGUCCAGCUUGAGCGGUUGGUGUGGGAUGAGCGUGUCAUGUGUUUUGUGGUUAGGCUGCUGCAGGACGAGUAUGAGACGGUCAAUCCGGUCGCGCACAUUACCGUCGGCACUGCCAGCCCUGACAUCAAGCCGAAGGAGAGCAACAGUCUGUUGCAGAAGUGGUUGAGCGAGGGAAGCAACGAGGAGAACCGGAUCAAAGAGAUCAUGGUCCGUGGGCACAUGGUGCUUGACGGGAGUGUCAGGGGUGUCGUGCAGAAGUUCUAG